GCCCUGCAUUGCCCCUGCCCAGCCCAUGGGGGAACAUCUGGCCAAGGGCUGCAGUGGCUGCCUGCAGCCAGCCUGGGGGGCCCUUCCUGUCCUCCCCCUGCUUGGGCCACCGCGCUUGGCUUCUUCUGCCAUCCUCAGUGCUCAGCUUCUCCUCCCCAAACCUGCCUGCUCAGGCUUCGUGUCCCUGCGUCUCGCACCUUCCUCCCCUUCCUCCUCCUCCUCCUCCUCCUCCUCCUCCUGCCCAGAGCUCAGGGAGCUCUGCUCUUUGGGCAGCUGCCUUUGGAAUUGGAAUCACCAGGCCCGCCCUGAGGAGCAUCUCCGGCCUUCCUGCAGGGCCGGCAAGGAUGGCCGAGCUUUUGUUGCGGCGGGAGCUCCUGUCGCUUCUCUUGCCGAGGAGAUGCGGUGUGAAUGCGGGCUCUUUGCUCCUGUCUCUCCCUGUGCAGGAAGCAGCAGCCAUGCCGCAGGGAAUCGUGCGGAUGUGCCUGGUGCUGAUGGCCGUGGCGAGCGUCAGGCUGCCGCUGCAGCCCAAGGCCCAGCAGGAGAUGGAAAGCCUGCAGAGGAUGAAGGAACGCGAGGCUCGGCUGCGGCUGCACCGGCUGCUCUUGGAGAAGGAAAUAGCAGCGCUGGAAGCUCUGGAAGCCCCGCAGGAGGCUCCGGCCCCAGCGGCAGAGCAGCAGCCGGAGGAGCAGCAGCGGAGCACGGCAGCCUUGCUGGCCUUGGCCGGGCCUGUGCUGCUCGUGCUGGGCCGGCAGCGCCUGCGGGGAGCCGCAGCACAGCUCCCGGGCCAAGGACACGCUGGCCCGGGGCUCCUGGGCACAGCCUGCAAGGGAAUGGCCCUCCUGAGAGAGCUGCUGCUGCUGCUCAGGGCCAUGGCCAUCUCCAUGGGCAGAGCCCUGCCGGAGCUGCGGGGAGCUGCGGCCGCCCUGCUCCCACUGCCCAUCCUCGCUGACACCAAACAACACUUGGGGCUGCACUAGGGGAAGCCAUUCCCUGCUGCAUUCAUUGCUGGGAAUGCUUCCUGGGACUUGUUCUAUUAGCCGUGUUCAUUGCUAGGAAUAGUCUCUCGAUAGUUUAAAUAGCCUCUGUAAUGCUUAUAUUCUUAGUAUUAUUAUAUUAUAUUAUAUU